GAUUCAUUCGGAUUCCCUCUUUAAGCCAAGACUGUUUUCCGCCAUGCCAUGGGUGGCAAAACCUCCUCGUCGAAGUACGAUACGAAAAGCGUUGCUGCCAGGGCCUGGGAUGAGCAAGAAGACCGGAAUCGAGGUCGUCCCUCGGGCGCAGGCGACACUGCGGGUGCCCAGAGGGGUUCUGGGCCGAAGACACGGAAGGUGGGGCCUGAAGGGCCCGCGGGGCCUGAAGGGCCUGCGCCGAACGAGCUGCAGGACAACGAGGUGGAGAAGAGUUUCCGAGCUGAGAUGACCUCUGCUAGGUCAGCGCCGCGGGAAGUGCCAGGGGCCAAGAAGCCCAAAAGGGAAGCGGCACAGGAGAGCCAAAGAUCUCAACGACCAUCUGCGUCGCAAGGCAGCAUCAGCCAGCGCACCUCCGAAGGACGGAAAUCACUGGAAGUGGAUGGAAGAGACGAAGAAGCUUUGAAUGGACACACAUGGAGUGAGAAUUGGGAGUCUGCCCAGUGAACAUUCGGAGUAUAUAAUGG